AAAGAUAUAGAAAUGGACCAGGUUUUGCAAUCUGCUCCAUAAAAGGACCAGUUAUAAGAAAUGUUAUAAAAUGUUCAGAUGAUCACCUUUUCCAGUCAUAAAAGGGCCAGUUGCAAGAAACUUUUGCUUUUAUGGGUCCACAAGGAUUAUCUUUUUCCAAAGAAACAUGUAGUUGAUGGGAUCCAUUUACAGCUCCAGCAAGCAAGGAGUUAACUAACCAGCUGUUUAAAAGAGGAAAUGAAGGCAUCCACUGCCUAAUUAUACUAACAGCACUGCAGAAUUAUGACUAAAAGCAGAGGAGUUUCAAGGAGUGCCUAGCUUUGAGCUGAUUUACUUUCCUGGUGUGCUUUGGAAGACUAAGAUGUUGCACCAUAUAGCUCUGCUGUCCACUGUUACUGUUUUGGGUGUGCUGGAACAAGAGAGUUUUUUAAGAACCUACAUAAGAACUUUUCAGCAAUUGAAUAACUGUCAAGUCUUCACACAUUCUCUCCUGCAAGCCUAUUUUGCCAUUCAGGUGAUCGCCUUUCGGAGGAAGUUCAAAGUCUCCCCUCCCAUCACUUCAGGCCCACCAGAAUUUGAAAGGAUCUUCAGAGCACAAGCAAAUUGCUCAGAAUAUUUCCCAAUAUUUCUCUCCCUCUUAUGGGUGGCUGGAAUCUUUUCCCAUCAAGUUUUGGCUGCCUUCUGUGGACUAAUUUACCUUUAUGCUCGCUAUCAAUACUUUAGAGGAUAUGCGCAUUCUGCUGAAAGAAGAUUGGGCCCCAUGUAUUUCAGCGCUGGAGUUCUUUUCAUUCUUAUUGGCUUGUCCAUGGUGGGAUUACUUGCCCAUUUUGUGCGAUACUUUAAUUCCUUAAAAGUGCUUUGAAAUCAACCAUUCACCCCUUUCAGCUGACAAAAUACUUGGUGAUUGUGCCUUAGUUUUCAACUUUCAUUUCUCCUUUUUUUUUUCCAAAUUAAAAUAGUUUUGAUUUUCUAGAAAUGUAUUUUUGUUUUCUAUUAAUGUUCCUCUGGCUUUCUUCAUAGUAGUAUUGUUAUAUCUAUUUCCUGUGGGUUAAAAAAAUGGUUAAAUUGUAACAGAUUUAUAUCUACAAGGUAAAAUUCUCAAUAAUACAUGAAGUGCUAUUAGGUAGUCUCUGAUGCUUUGAACAAGGAACGUGAGACAAAAAGAGAGCCAAUAAAGGUCUGGAUUCAAUGCAGUUAGAAUCAAAGUCUUGCAUUAAGAUCUUUUGCUCAUGGGAUCCAGUCUACUGGAAGACAACCAGAAUUAAACCUGAGUAAAACUAACUUGAAAUGAUUGUUAGGAACCAUGGAUGAAACUGAAGUUUCUUUUGAAGAACCCUUAUUGGGCUUUUCUCAGAAAAGACACAUCCAGUUGCAGGAAUGAGGUUAUAUAUGAAUAGGUUCAUGAGAAGAUUUACUCUUUUACCAUAGUUUUCAAUUAUUAAGCUGAUUUUUUUCUUCACUGUAAUUCCAAUUGUCUUUCACCUCACAAUCAGGAGGCUGUGAAUUCAAUCCUAAGUAGCAGCAGAUGUUCCCCUCUGUGGGUGCAAAGAGAAAAUAUUUGCUGUGAGCUCUGUGUAGGCGUCAGGAAGGGCAUCCGGACGUUUAAAAUUUAAACGCUCAGCUCCAUUCAGUCGGCCCAACUCCAACCUGAUGCAAGGCAUUAGAGGGUCAUUAAAAGAAAAAAAAUCUAAUUGUCUUGAUUUUAUUCUUUUCUCUCUUGUAUUCAUAUUUCUUUAAUAGUUAAAAGAUUGGGAAUUGUAGGUACUAUUUUAACUAUAGCUCCACCCCAUGUACUGGGGAGGAUCCAAUCUGGUGAGGGAAGAGUCAGUAGGACACUCUAUUAUGGAGUGACUUGGGGUCUUCCCUAUCUUGUUUACUACUAUAUGAAGUUGGAAGACGUCAUGUGAGUUCACAAAGUGGUAUCAUCAAUAUGCUGAUGAUCCCCACUUGUACAUCUCCAUUUCAGGCAAACUGAAGAUGCAGAAGGUGUCCUGAGCAGUGCCUGGAGGCUGUCAGGAUUUGGAUGGGGAGAAACAGACUCAGAAUCAACCAGAACAAGAUGGGGUGGCUGCUAAUUUAGAAGCCAAGAUUUUCUGUGAUUAUAACAUUUUCAAGCUUAUUGAAGUUAAGCUACAGAGAGAGCAGAUUGGCAACCUGGGAAUCUUCCUGAAUUCAUAAAUGUCUAUGGAGAUUCUCAGUCAUCCAGGUCAUGGUUGUCCUAAAAGCGUUUUGCAAAAGGCAACUGGACUUUAUUUUUUCCUUAAAGAUGUUUUGCUUCUCAUCCAAAAAUCUUCUUCAGUUCAGAACUCUGAAAAGCACCUUUGGAACUCCUGAAGUUAUAGCACCUUCUAGAGUGGUUUUAGGCACCUGGCAUGUGGUAUGCGACCUAGACAAGUGUGUGUGGGGGGGAAAUGAGCUGAAGUGGUGGGGAGAAGGCUGGGGGAGAGUCAGCUGGAGCUGGGGCUCUGCUGAGGGCCCUGGAUCAGCGCACGCGGCUCUAGCUGAUUGGUGCUUCCAGCGGCCUGGGGGUGUGUGUGCCAGCAACCACAAGCAAUCUUCAGGCAGAGAGUCAGUGUUGCUGGGGCUCUGCUGAGGGCCCUGGAUCUGCACACACAGCUCCAGCUGAUUGGCACUUCCGACAACCUCCACUAUCACCAGGAGCAGCAGACAGGCCCUGGGGUGAGAGAGUCAGCUGGAGCUGCAGGGCUACUGAGGCUCAGCAGAGGUCCCAGGAUCGCAGUGUGCAGCUCCAGCUGAUCAGCGGUGUCUGCAAUGGCCAGCUGGGGUUUGGGUGACUGUGUGGGAGAGUGAGACUGGGGUAGUGACUGAUGCUGGAGCUCUCCCUGAGUCCGAGAGUGGUGCACUCAGAAAAGAAAAGGAGGAGGAGGGGGGAGAGAGUAUAAAAGGAGAGAAUAUAAAUGACGGGAGGGGGAAACGGAAAAAAAGACUAUGGGGAAAGAGAGAGGCUUCUGUGAGAUAAGCAGAGGACCAAGUGAAGGAGCAGAGGCUGUGCAAGGAGAGCUCAGCAAGCAGUGAGGACAAACAGAGAGAGAAGAGGAGGCUUCUGUGAGACAAGCAGAAGAAUCAACGAAGAAGGAUGUGAAAGAGAGAGAGAGAGGAGAGAGAGAGAGGAAGAAGGGCCGACCAGCCACCUUACCACCAAGGUAGUGAUGGAUAAUAAUAAAUAUGGAUCAAUUCAUCAUACAUUUGUCAGUGCAAAGGGAAAGUGAUUCAGCAAAGGAACUGCCACCAAAGAAAUUAAAUCUGGUACUUUCCCCACCCCUUUUUUUGAUCAUCAAACUUUUGAUACCUUGCUAAGAAUGGUGGUACUUGAAUAUUAUCAUAUCCUAAAAGUGAUAAAAUCUGUGAAAAGGUUGAAAAGCACUGUUCUAGAGGAACAGUUGAAUGCCAUGACUAAGAAAGUCUUUGCUUAGCUUAAGCUAAUGAGCCAGCAUAAUGGAAGUCCCACUGGAAGAUUGGCAUGGCAAAAAUGAGUAGUGUUGUGUGCCAGAUUCUAUAUUUCCAUAUAAUAGCUGCACACUGAAAUGCAUUUGAGUAUUUCCACACUAGAUUAGUUGACUUCAAACUUCAAAAUAGUGGUAGAACUCCUUCUGUUCUUGGCUUGAACCACCUGAAGUAAAAACAGGCACUCUUUGCCCUUAGUAUGGCCUUUUAAGGAUAAGAGAAGAUAAAAGAUAAACUUCUCCUUGUUCUUGGCAAGGACAAGUGGACUUCUUGAUAAUAUGCACCAAUCUACCCUGUCCUUCGCAGAAAUGAGCAGAAAUACUGUAUAUAGAUACGAUUAUUACCUAUGAUUUAUAUAAACCAGUCAGAAGCCCCUGUAGAGUGGAACUGUAGAGCAGACCUAACCUGGAAGUUAAUAUACAUUUGCUGACAUGGAGAAGUUUCCUGACAAACAAAAGAAGUGCAAGAUUUCUUUGUCUUUCUUAGAUAUUAGUAAUAUACUCUUUGUAAGAGUAUACUUUCAGUACUUCUUAGAUGUUAGCCUUAUAUUCUUUGUAUGUUGUAUUUGAUUGUUUUGUUUUUCAUAUUGUCCUGGAAUAAA